AUGGGCAUCGUGUUCACGCGGCUCUUCUCGUCGGUCUUCGGCAACCGCGAGGCUCGCAUCCUCGUCCUCGGCCUGGACAAUGCCGGCAAGACCACCAUACUCUAUAGGCUGCAGAUGGGAGAGGUCGUCUCCACGAUCCCAACAAUCGGGUUCAACGUGGAGACGGUGCAGUACAACAACAUCAAGUUCCAAGUAUGGGAUCUCGAAUCAUCAACUCAAGUGCCACUUUACCUAGCAUUUUUAAUGGGCCAUCAAUGGAUCCCAGCCUUCCCUGCUUGUUUGCUUCCUUCUGUUUGUGCCACCCAAGUUAGCAUGAUAUUUAAUCUGUUCCAUCUCCACCAGCGCUGCUCCCUCCCAGCUCCGCGGCUCGAAAGUGAACGAUCGAUGAUGUCAGACAGGCCGCCGCUCCUGUGCCCGGUGGCGUGCUGGUGGAUAGCCCCAAUAUGCUCCAUGCCUUGCGUCACCGGCUGGCUUGGUGGAGCUGAACAGGACCGCUCUAGUCUUCCGGAAAUAUCCGCAAUGAGGGAGUUGGGGAGGUGGUCAAACAAGCAUCAGGCCAUAUUAUGGCGGUGCUACUUUCCAAACACCCAGGCUAUCAUAUAUGUUGUUGAUUCAAGUGAUACAGAUAGGCUUGUAACAGCAAAAGAAGAAUUCCAUGCCAUCCUUGAGGAGGACGAGCUUAAAGGUGCAGUUGUCCUUGUAUAUGCAAAUAAGCAGGAUCUUCCAGGCGCACUCGAUGAUGCUGCCAUUACAGAGUCAUUAGAACUGCACAAGAUUAAGAGCCGCCAAUGGGCGAUUUUCAAAACAUCUGCAAUAAAAGGAGAGGGGCUCUUCGAAGGUUUGGACUGUCUCUGCUACCACUUUUACUUGAAGUACGGCAGAUGGAUCUUUACAGAACUGUUGCAAGAUGUCGCAAUGCAGGUUUAA